UAAACAGAAAGGAAGUUGAUUUUGAUUGUUAUUAUAUUUUUCCAAAAUAAACCGAUGCAAUCGCGCAGCCAGGCCGAGAUGAAGCCCAUUAGGAAGGAGGUCCUGAAUCCGGGCAAUGCCUACAUCGAGCUAACGCCGGGCACCAGGGUCAAGUUCCACUUCCAGACGCGCAGGGCCGGCGACAGUCGCAUCAUCGACGACAGCAGGAAGAUGGAGAAGCCCAUGGAGCUCGUCCUGGGCAAGAAGUUCAAGCUGGAGGUCUGGGAGCUGAUUGUGCAGCAGAUGUCCCUCAACGAGGUGGCCAAGUUCACGGUGCACAAGUCGCUCUGCGCCCAAUACCCUUUUAUAUCAAAGACCCUGCGCGACAUUGGCAAGAAGCCGGAGGAGCGACGUCACUGCUGCGGCAUGACGCUGCAGAACGAGGGCAUCGGGUACCCGGAUCUCGACGAUCUGCUCCAGCAUCCCGCCGAGCUGGAGUUCAUCAUCGAGCUCUUCUCCAUCGAGCUGCCGGAGCAGUACGAGAAGGAGCGCUGGCAGAUGUCCGACGACGAGAAGAUGCUGGCCACCAGCACGCUGCGCGAGCGUGGCAAUAAUUUCUACAAGGCCAGCCGGUUUACGGAGGCGGAGACCUGUUACCGCGAGGCGGUGGGCAUCGUGGAGCAGCUAAUGCUCAAGGAGAAGCCGCACGACGAGGAGUGGCAGGAGCUGGCGGCCAUCAAGACGCCCCUGCUGCUCAACUAUGCGCAGUGCCGGUUGAUAGCCGGUGACUUUUAUGCCGUCAUCGAGCACUGCAACGAGGUGCUCACCCUGGAUCCGCGCAACGUUAAGGCUCUGUUCCGGCGGGCCAAGGCGCAUGCCGGCGCCUGGAAUCCCCUGCAGGCGCGUCGCGAUUUUAUCGAUGCUUUAGCACUCGAUGCCUCGUUAAAAACGACCGUUUCGAAGGAACUGAAAUCGAUUGAGGAUCAACAGCAGGCACGUAACGUCCAGGAUCGCAUACACAUGCAGAAACUCUUCUAGAACAUAAGUUGCGUCAACGUGCUGCUCAUGCUGCUUGUCUAUUGGAGCAGCUACCUGCAGCGCUAGCAGUACCUGUACCUCUCCCUGCCGCCCAUCCUCAUGCUGGCCGUCACUGUGGCCCACAACCUCGUGCUGCUCUGCUCGCUGGCCAAUCUGUUCCUCUGCUGCUGGACGCUCAGGAAGCUGCUGCGGGCCUUGGCGAAGAUUUGAUGAUUUGACAGGAUAAGACGACAGCACAAUCAACUACGGUACCACAUGCAUUUCGGAGCCACUGCAAUAUAUAAUACAUAUACUCACUCACAUUCUCCUGCGGUGUAGGCUAAACUGUAUUGUAUUGUAUGUAAAUGUGCCAUCCAUCGAGUGCAAAAGCGUUUACCAAAACACACUAAAGUCCAUAAGUACGUUUGUAUAAUGUAUUAUGUGUAUAUCCCCCAUAUUUGCGAUAUUUACUCGUAGCUAGAAUCUAUUCUAAAUCUAGACAAAUUGUAUAAGGUGUAAUAAAUGUGCUUUUGAUGCUGUCUUAAAUGUUAAAUGUAGUUUAUUGUAUGUACGUGAGAAGGCCUAAUAAUAUGCAUUAGCAUAAGGUAUUUAAAGUGUAUAAAAUAAAUAUAUGUGUAGCCCAAAA